AUGGUGGCAACUAUUAUCGCAGCACGGGUUGGGACGGCAGCCGUCGAAAUACACAUCAUGUUGCAGUUCAUGCUUGGCUCCUUCAUCACUACGCUCAGCACCGUGGGCGUGCGUCUGUGGCUCAUGAGCCCCGAUCGGCUUGCUAAGCUGGAGGCAAAGACAACCGCAGCGCUCAAAUCAUUUUGGGAUGCUGAAAAGUCUAGGCUAAGUCACAUAUCCGAGCCGUCGACACCCAUGUCAAAGGGGUGGUGGCUCGAUAUAUUGACCCAAGGUGAGUUGGCUGUCCUUAUCAUAUGGUCCCGGUUCUCUUCGCCAACAUUUACAUUGCAAGAGCAAAGGGUGGGUUCCUCCAAGCCGCCCCUCAACAUAUUGUCAGCCUUGAAGCCCCCUGAGCUCUCCUGGUCGGGGGUGAGUUGGAGAAUGGGCACAGCUGCUGUGAUCGCUGGUUACAACCUAGCAUUCUGGUUUGACAAUUCUGGCAGUGGUGCACAGCAACCACCUAGAGAAGGCUGCGGGCCUCCUUACAUCUUCCUCUUCUCCAAGCAACAACUAGCCGGUCCCAUUGUUGCUCUGUGCCGCGCCACGGCUGUUAUCAUAGUCAUUGCCGUCUUCCCUGCGACUCUGCUCCUCCUCCACCUAACGAUGCAGCUUUGGUGGUACGCUGGAUUUUUUCUAUACCGCGAUCUUCUUUAUUUCUUCAACCCAGCCGCGCCACAAGCUGUUCACUCAGCACUUAGCAGAGUCAAUGCACUGCUAGAAAAGCAAGGAAUCCCAUUCCUAAGUCUGGUCCCGUUGCCUGUAUUAGGGUCAUUUGCCGCAUCGAUAACGGUCACGGACGUACUCGGGUUCCUAGCCACGCCCAAAGGAGACGCAAUCCGAUUUUCCGAUGUGAUCAAGGUCUGUGUGUCACUAGGGACUGGAAAAGUGACAAAGAAUGAGACGGACACAUCUAUGCAUGGCGUAGGGUUGAUGUCAGGUUGGAAAAAAGCCAAACGCCGCCAUCGGAAUUUCUGUUCCUUGUGGAAUGUCUACGUCGUCCUAAGCAUUGCGUGGUUUAUCGCUAGCAUUGAGUACACAAUCCACUGGAACGACAUCCACAGCGUUAACGACAUGAAGACGACGGGGCAGCUUAUUCCCUUUAUCAUUGGCUGUAAAUACCCCGACUGGGUAGAUACUGAACUUGAAUUGGAAGAUGGUGAAAAUGGUCCUCUGAUCUUUAAGAUUGUGAAGAGGAAUAGAGGUGACGAUUCAGAGGAAGAUGCCACAAGGGAAGAUCACAUUGGCAAUGACUAA